GUCGCAUCAAAUUCCAUUAUAAUGACAACGAUUUGUGAACAAAACUAACAGACAUAAUAGGUAAAAAUAACCGACAAUACGGUAUGGACUGAUCUGAAUGUGGAAGGUCGUACGGUUGUCUAUAAUUACUUACAUCUACCUCAUUUGAACUGGGGCGAACACUUAACUCAUUAAGACGAUGUAGAUUUCGUCAAUGGCAACGGGUAUAUUUGAUUCCUUUAACAAUACACACAAUACUCACACUUUUUAUCUGAAAAUCUUCUUUUGUCAAGUUUUAAUACAUUCUGAAUCGUACCAAAUGUUUUAAAAAGUGCAAUAACAAAAUGUUUGCUGGAUGAUAAAUCUUGAAUUAGGAAUAACUCAUCUUUAAUGCAAUGAAAGCAAACAAUUCAAAACUCAUGUAGAGGACGACAAUAGGAAAAUGGACACUGAAUUCUAUAUUGAGCGUACAGCAACAACGGUUGUUCUUAAUUAUCAUUUCCAAUUAAUUUAUUAGCAUUUAUCAGUAGGUUUUCUUCGUUUGUAGGUUCCACAGCACAAAGUUUUGUUAAACUGUCAGGAAAUCAGCAUGUAAAGCGUUUUGGUAAUGUAAGACUAAACUGUUCAUCAAACAACACACCUAUUGCAAAUACAGCAAGCAUUCAAAUAGACGGAAAAUCGUAUACUACAAUUACAUUGAAAGGUGACGACUGUUUUUCUAGCAUUUUAGGAAAAAAAUGCACUCCUGAUGUAUGUGAAUGCUCAAACCGAGGUUUAUGGUACAGUCAUACAUACAAAAUAGUUCAACAUGUUGGUGUGGUUAACUUUAUAUGUUUGAUGACAUUUAAAGCAAAUGGUCUCUUGUCAGAUAGCAUUAGCGUGAAAAUAAUCGACUUCACAGGUCCUUCAAUUACUACAGAGCCUGGAUUGCCAUUUCCAUCUGGCAGCAAUGUUGCAUUUACCUGCAUGGUGGAUACCUUGUCGACCAACAUAACAUUUGAAUGGGAUUGUCUUGGAAAAAGAGAACCCCAAAGCAGAAGUUUUUUUGGAUCUAAAUCAACAAAAUAUUCUUCUGUUAUAACGCGCAAUAUACAGUUGAUUCAUGAUGGCGAAACCUGCAGAUGUUGUAUAAAUGUAGACGGAAUAAGAGGAAAUUCUGAAAUUUCACUAGCAAUCAGUAGAAAACCAAUCAUAGACAUUAGCAAGGCAGCAACAUGUGAAAGCUACUCUACAAUUACUUUGUACUGCGUUAUCCAUACCGGAUUUCCUUUAUUCGGAUUUAACAAUUGGAUACAUUCCAGACAUGGCACACUUAUUCGACAUUUAGAAGGGGAAAAGAUGCAUACAAUGUCAAUUUUGAAAUUUAAUUCCUGCAGUCGUGAUGAUACCGGAGAUUAUACAUGUGAAGCAUAUAAUAGAUAUGAAGGCAACUUAACCUUUGCAAAUAAAACUGUUUCGUUGAUUGUAUAUGGUCCACCGAUUAUAAAGUCUGAAAAAACAGUUACAUGCUACAAUUCAUCAGUUACAUUGUCGUGUAAUAUUGAUACAGUACUCCCUGUAUACGGGUUUAACCCAUGGAUACACUAUUUCAAUGGGACAUUUGUUCGCAGUUUAAAUGGAUCCGUGCAAGAAAUGAAAUCGAUUUUAGAGGUUGACACGUGCAGUUACUAUAAUGCCGGAGAAUACAUGUGUGCUGCAUGGAAUAAAUAUGGAGACACAGCUCUAGUUGCAAAUAAGACUAUUGUUCUUGUUGUUAAUGCUUCCCCAGUGAUAAUCUCGUCGGGCGUAAUUCGGGAACAACAAACAAUCCUUUCUGCGACAUUUUACUCCACUACAGAGGUGCUUCUUACAUGGCGGCAAUCAAACCAGACACUUACGAACUCAACAGACCGGUUGCAAAUGCUAGAUAGAAAGACGAUUGAACUUAUUCUUUAUAAUAAAAACAUUGAGUGUGAUGGAUAUAUUGCUAAUUUGUCAAUCAGAUCAUCUUUAGUUGGUGAAUACGUUUUACUUAUCCAAAAUACAUUUGGUACAACAAGACUCUUCUAUGAAGUGAAUAAAUUAAGUACACAAGGUCCACCGAUUAUAAAGUCUGAAGAAACAGUUACAUGCAACAAUUUAUCAGUUGCAUUGUCGUGUAAUAUUGAUACAGGACUCCCUGUAUACGGGUUUAACCCAUGGAUACACUAUUUUAAUGGAACAUUUAUUCGAAGUUUAAAUGGAUCCGUGCAAGAAAUGAAGUCGAUUUUAGAGCUUGAAACGUGUAGUUACCAGAAUGCCGGGGAAUACAUGUGUGCUGCAUGGAAUAAAUUUGGAGAUACAGCUCAAGUUGCAAAUAAGACUAUUGUUCUUGUUGUUAAUGCUUCUCCAGUGAUAAUCUCGUCGGGCGUAAUUCGGGAACAACAAACAAUCCUUUCUGCGACAUUUUACUCCACUACAGAGGUACUUCUAACAUGGCAGCAAUCAAACCAGACACUUACCAAUUCAACAGACUGGUUGCAAACGCUAGAUAGAAAGAAGAUUGAACUUAUUCUUUAUAAUAAAAACAUUGAGUGUGAUGGAUUUAUUGCUAAUUUGUCAAUCAGAUCAUCUUUAGUUGGGGAGUACGUUUUACUUAUCCAAAAUACAUAUGGUGAAACAAGUCUCUUUUUUGAAGUGAAUAAAUUAAGUACACAAGGUCCACCGAUUAUAAAGUCUGAAGAAACAGUUACAUGCAACAAUUCAUCAGUUACAUUGUCGUGUAAUAUUGAUACAGGACUCCCUGUGUACGGGUUUAACCCAUGGAUACACUAUUUUAAUGGGACUAUUGUUCGCAGUUUAAAUGGAUCAGUGCAAGAAAUGAAAUCAACUUUAGAGGUUGAAACGUGUAGUUACCAGAAUGCCGGAGCAUACAUGUGUGCUGCAUGGAAUAAAUAUGGAGAUACAACUCUAGUUGCAAAUAAGACUAUUGUUCUUGUGGUUAAUGCUUCUCCAGUGAUAAUCUCGUCGAGCGUAAUUCGGGGACAACAAACCCUUUCUGCUACAUUUUACUCUACUACCGAGGUGCUUCUUACUUGGCAGCAAUCAAACCAGACACUUACAAAUUCGACAGACCGGUUGCAAACGCUAGAUAGAAAGAAAAUUGAACUUAUUCUUUAUAAUAAAAGCAUUGAAUGUGAUGGAUUUAUUGCUAAUUUGUCAAUCAGAUCAUCUUUAGUUGGUGAAUACGUUCUACUUAUCACAAAUACAUUUGGUGAAACAAGACUCUUCUUUGACGUGAAUGAAUUAGGUACACAAGCUUUGACAACUUCUUACGAUUUACGUAUAGUGGUGUUUUCUAUUAUUGCCAUUGGGAUAUUCAUUUUGAGUACAGCUGGAACAGUAAUCGUGUCGAAAGGGAUACGACGUAAAAAUGUAAUACAUAUAAUUGGUCCGCAUGAAAGAUGUCCCACAAUUCCAAUAUAUCAUACAGCUCCAGCAUUUGAUACUACGCCGAAUGUAUAUGCCAUCCCAGAAACCGGAUACCAACAGGUUACCAAUGAACAAUAUGAACUGGAUAAUUUUCAAGAUACUGAAAAUAAGGGCGUGGAAAAUUACACAUCGAGAUACAUGAGCUCUCUUUAUGAUGAAAUCGAUGUUUGAAAAAAGUGACCUAUAGCUGCUUACUUUUAAUUUUAUUGGGAACGUGAAGAUAGUUGACUCAUUGGCAAUCGUUUUUCAUGUCCUUACUUUUAUAGUUUGAAAUGAUUGAUUUUGUUCGAAAGCAAAAUAUAUUAACAUAGAAAGGAAUGCGGACUCGGUUUGACAUCAUACAAUGUUAUAGAUUUAACGUAUAAGACAUUGUGUUAUUGUGAUAUGGUCAUAUUUUGUAUUCUUGUCUUUCAUUUUUGCUUAUGUGUUUUGUCUUUAUGUCAUUUUGUCUUUAUGUCAUUUUGUUUUUCUUUGUUGACAUAUUUGUUUGUUUUUAUUGUGAUUUAGAUUAUAACACAAUUAUGGAGACCCCUAUUUUUGACAUUUUUACCUAUUAUGUCUGUUUGUUUUGCUCACAAAUUAUUAUACAGCUGUCAUACAAGUGAGAGGUUUAUCUUGUUAGAAAACCAGGUUUAAAGCACCAUUAUCUACAAAAUGAAAUAUUUUUCCAUGUCAGGGAUAUGACAGUUGUUUUCCAUUCGUUUGAUGUGUUUGAGCUUUUGAUUUGUCCAUUUCCGUUUUGAAAUUUUGCAUGGAGCUCGGUAUUUUUGUUAUUUUACUUUUUAUAUUUAUUUUUUUUAUAUUUAUAUCUUUGUUUUUAGAAGUAUAUUCAAUUUCUAAAGUUGAAAACUGCCUCAUAAUGACUGUAUUGGCAUUGAUCGCGUUUUGGUAGUUUCUCGAUGUCCCUUUAUUGAUUAAAGUAUAACGAAAAACUAUAUAUAAACAGGGUCUCAUUUCAAAAUACAUAUCAACUUGAGACUAAUUUUUUUCCACGUCGCUUUGCAAAUCUAAUGUAUUUUCAUUCUGAGAAAGAGAGCAAAAAGGAUACACAAACUUGUAUUUUGAUAGUUAUGUUGUAUCGUUUAAUGUGGAUUACAAAGACCUUUUUAAAAUUAAAACUUAUGAUUAAAACUGGCAUUCGUUGAAAUAUGUCAGUAUGUAUAAAUGAUAAUUUUCUUUAAUGAGAUUGCAUUUGUCGGUGGUAGACCUUCUUGGUUUCCUAUGAGCUUGAAUUUCAGAAAACGUUUUUCAAAUAUAAGCAUCGAAAGUCCCUAUAAACUCAUUCCAUCACCAAAUUGACCAAAACAUACUUUUCUAACUUUCCACCAACGCGUCCGACUUUACACAAGCGUGUCUAAUUUGUACAAACUCGACCAAUUAACCAACUUGCACUAACAUUUCAUUUAGAUUAAAAUUAUCAUCACAGGUUCACAUAUCGGACUCGAACUGACUUAUAAUAUGUAUUUGUUUAUUCCACAUUGGCCACAGGUAAAGGGGGAGGUGUUAAAAUCUCACAAAAUAUAUAUAACCCUGCUGCAUGGGUGCGCCUGUCCCAAGUCAAAAACAUCAAGCCUUUGUUAGUAUUAUGUUUUUUUUUAUUCAUUUUGGUUCAUUUGUAUGGUUCAGAGUUCAUGGUGUGGCGUCCAUUUCGCUGAUACAGUACACAUUUUUAUUAAGGGGCCAGCUGAAGCCCGCCUCCGGGUGCGAGAUUUUAUCGCUGCUUCUAAAACCCAUUUGUGGCCGUUGGCUGUUUUCAGCUCUUUGGUCGGGUAGAUGUCUCUUUGACAUAUUUCCCGUUGUGAUGUUUUCUGUUCCAAGAUAAUGGGAAAGACACUCAUAUCCCCCUGAAAUCAGAAAACGUGAAUCUUUGUCAUUGUUCGAUAAUCAAAUUCGCAACACAAUGAUGAUAUCCCAAUAAAUCAUUAUAUAGUUUAUAUUUUUGGGAACGUACUUCAUGCUCGCUUAAGAAUGGACUUGUUUAGUUUUAACCUAUUCCUUUCAUGAUUUAGAAGUCUUCCUAACCUGUCCUUGUGAUGAUUGAGAAACAAAUUAUCACUUUCUGCUAUCUUUUCAAAUAAACACUGGUUUGGGACAUACACUUUUAGCUUCUGUUUGAGUCCAUCCUGACCAAUCUUUUGCGUGUCAGACGCGCAGCUUUACCUUAUAUUUUACCCUUGCUAUUACCGUUUGAUCAUCCAUAUAGAGCCCAAACAUAUUACACUGUAAAAAUUGCAAAUGAUGUUAUGUUCAUUCUAUCUUUUCAAUUAUAUGUUUUACCUUUUUUAUUUUUAUAUAUCUAUUGCGUAGCAUGCCAAGAUUUAUGUUGUAUCUAAUAUGUGCAUUAUGUGUAUAAUAGGAGACAGAUUGAUAAAAACAACUUGCUAGUUCUUGAAUGCUAGUUAUUUAUUUCAAGUGUAUUGUAUUGAUAUGUGAUGACUUCUGAUUUUAGAAAUAUAAAAAAAAAACUUGUCAAUGCAAA